AUGACACUGUUGCCUAGCGAGAACCCUCUGCCGCUCGCCGCCGGCGUCGCGCUGGCGUUUGCGCUGGCGUGGCGGCAUUACUCGCGCACAGUCGCAAAGCAUGUCGCGGCGCUGGAAGCGCUCAGCAAGCGCGUCGAGCAGCUGGCGCCAGAGUUGAGGUCCGAGCCGUCGGACGGCGGCCUGCAGGCUCCGAUCCAGAGAGAGGCGCCUGUCCGCCGGACGCCCAGUGCUUUUUCGCCCACCAUCCUCCCGGCGGAGGGCGGGCGCGUGAGUGCGUCCGAGCAGCAGACGGCUGCGCUGUGCGUGGUCGUCUUUGGCGCCAUCAACAUGGACGUCAAGGCGACUGCCGAGGUGUCGACCUGGCCGGAGCACGACGUGUCCUGCAAAGGGCGCUUCGAGCAGUCUGCGGGCGGCAAGGGCGCCAACGAGGCGGUCGCCCUCGCGCGGCUCGGCGUCCCCGUCUCGCUCGUCGGCCGAGUCGGCGACGACGAGAGCGGCAGCUUCUUGCUCUCCGCGCUGCGGAGCGAGCGCGUCGAUGUGGGUGGGACGCUGCGGCUCGGGAGGACGGGGACGGCGGUGCACAUCGUCACCAAGGACGACUCGCGCAAGUUCAAC